AUGGCUGAGGAUAUCGGCGGAUAUGGCCCAACUAUCAUCGCAACAAUGUGGGCGGAGACGGGCAUUACGCUUGUGUUUGUGGCUUUGAGGUUAUACACGAGAAUACGCAUAAACAGGACAGUGGGAUGGGAUGAUUACCUGAUAUCACUGGCUUCGAUAAUGAUGAUACCGUUCUCAGCGGCAACCACUCUCGCAACAAUGCAAGGCCUUGGGAGACACUCCGCCGAGCUCAGUCUUGACCAAUUCAUGCAAUCAACAAGAUAUAUAGUUAUCGGUCAAACUUUCUCUCUGGUGGGAAUAGCAGCCAGCAAAGCCUCCGUAGCCGCUUUCCUCCUCCGAAUAACCAUCCACCAAUGGCACAAGUGGAUCCUCUACAUAUUAAUAUUGGUCGUCAGCUUGGGAUGUUUCGUCUGCGCGUUAUUCGACUAUAUACGCUGCGACCCGAUAGAGAGUAUUUGGAACUUCUUCAUUCCCGGGAAAUGCUGGAUGGAUGCCAAAGGCUUCACCACCCUCUCAGCUGUAGUAGGAGGAAUCUCAGCAGCAGCCGAUUUUAUACUGGCAAUUCUGCCCUGGUUUAUCCUCUGGAACCUGCAAAUGAAACGAAAAGACAAAAAUCUGAUCGCGUCAUCCAUGAGCCUGGGAUUCUUUGCUGGAGUCUGCGGCAUAAUCAGAACCACAACCGUGGAACGGAUAUUUACCGGAGUCGACUACUCAUACGAAACAGUCGGCCUAAUCCUCUGGUCCUCGACCGAACUAACAGUCACAAUCCUAACCGCCACAAUCCCCACAUUACGCCCAUUAUACAAACAACUUUUCCUCCGGCAAGCAGCGCACUCCUACCGCCUAAACGCCGUCCAAAAGUCUCCUUCAAACUUCAACUUCUCACCCUACGUCCCCUCAACAUACCGAAAUAAAUCCUCCGUUUCCACCAGCAGAACAGACUCCGACCGCUCAGACAAGAGCAUAAUAAACCACGGUGCUGGACCCGGGAGUGGGUCCAUAGUGUGUACGGACGUCGUGUACGUGGAGUUUGAGGAGCGGGAGAACCCAGCGACGCCGGAUUUGGAGCGGUGGAAUAAGAGGCAUGCGCAGAUGUGGGAGGUUGUUUGA